CUCGCGCCUGGAUCUCAGUCUCUGGCGGGCUCCCCGCGCGGUGCGCGCAGCCAGGAGCGCACUUGCCGGGCUCCUGGGCCGGCAGCGGGCCAGCAGGGCUCCGUGCGCGGGACCUGGGCCCGUGUGGGAGUGCGCCGACCUCGCCCGCCUAGAGCCUCGCGCCGCCCGGACGUUCCGCAGGUGGCAGAACCCGCCGGACCAGCCCAGCUCGGCACGACUCCCGGCGGCGGCGCGUGGCCCCGGACUUCCCGCUUUCGCCGCAACCAGGGCGCGCAGGACGCCCGUCGCGUCCCGUCCCGUCCCGUCCCGGAGCUCCCGAGGCCGCCCCGUCGGGCGGGAUGGAGGCGGAAGGGGACCCGGAGGAGCUGGCCCGGCUGCGCGCCGUCUUCGCCGCCUGCGACGCGAACCGCUCGGGGCGCCUGGAGCGCGACGAGUUCAGCGCGCUGUGCGCGGAGCUGCGCGUGCGGCCGGCCGACGCCGAGGCCGUGUUCCAGCGCCUGGACUCGGACCGCGACGGCGCCAUCACAUUCCAGGAGUUCGCGCGCGGCUUCCGCGGGGCCCGCCGCGGGGGCCGGCGCCGGGGCUGCGGGCUGCGGCCGGGGCCCGCUCCGCCCGAGUCCCAGGCUGGGUCCGACUCCGGGGACAGUGAGGAGGACGAGGACGACCAGGACGCGGCCGCGGAGGUGCUGGCGGCCCCUCGGGGCUCGGCUGGCCCUGGCCCCGCCUGGCGGGACUUCCAGGCGCGACUCGGGGAGGAGGCCAAGUUCAUCCCCAGGAAAGAGCAAGUUAGUACCUUGUAUCAAAACAUCAACCUUGUGGAGCCGAGACUGAUUCAGCCGUAUGAACACGUUAUCAAGAGCUUCAUCCGUGAGAUCAAACUUCAAAGCACAGAAAUGGAAAGCCUGGCCAUCGCGGUGAAGAGAGCCCAGGACAAGGCAGCCAUGCAGCUGAGUGAGUUGGAGGAGGAAAUGGAUCAGAGGAUUCAGGCUGCAGAACACAAGACUCGGAAAGACGAAAAACGCAAAGCUGAGGAAGCCCUCAGUGACCUCAGGCGUCAGUAUGAAACAGAAGUAGGGGAUCUACAGGUGACAAUAAAGAAACUGAAAAAGCUAGAAGAACAAUCAAAACAUGUAAGUCAAAAAGAAGAUGUGGCUGCAUUAAAAAGACAAAUUUAUGAUUUAUCAAUGGAAAAUCAGAAAGUUAAGAAAGAUCUGUUGGAAGCACAGACAAACAUAGCCUUUCUUCAGAGUGAAUUAGAUGCUUUGAAAAGUGAUUAUGCUGAUCAGAGUCUGAAUUCUGAAAGGGAUCUGGAAAUAAUCCGAGAGUACACGGAAGAUCGAAAUAGUCUUGAGAGGCAAAUUGAAAUACUCCAAACAGCUAACCGGAAGCUGCAUGACAGCAAUGACGGCCUAAGGAGUGCCCUCGAAAACACUUACAGCAAGUUCAACAGGUCCUUGCGUGUAAAUAAUACAUCGCCAGGGAACACAAGUUCUAGGAGCAGUCCGAAAUUUAAUGGUCAUUCUCCUCAACCUCCGGGCUAUGACAGGUCCUCCCGCUCUUCCUACGUGGAUGAGGACUGUGACUCGCUGGCCCUCUGUGAUCCUAUGCAGAGGGUGAAUUGUGAAGUUGACAGCCUGCCUGAGAGCUGCUUCGACAGUGGCCUGUCCACCCUGAGAGACUCCAAUGAGUACGACUCAGAGGUGGAAUACAAACACCCGAGAGCAUUUCCGAGGUCGCACGGCAUGCGGGAGAGCUCUGCUGGCGAUGCUUCAGACACAGACGUUCCUGAUAUAAGGGAUGAAGAGACGUAUGGUUCAGAUGGUGUGGCUUCGGUCUUAGACUGGAAGCCCCCUGUUAGUGAAGGCAGCGUUGCUAGUUAUCCAAGAAAGCCCAUCUUGGCACUUUCACCCCAGACAGACAUGGCGGAUGAGAACAGGUCUUCCAGCUCACAGAAGGCUUACAAGAUCGUGCUCGCGGGGGACGCCGCAGUGGGGAAGUCUAGUUUCCUCAUGAGACUUUGCAAGAAUGAAUUUCGAGGAAAUACAAGUGCCACACUGGGAGUUGACUUUCAGAUGAAGACCCUCAUUGUGGAUGGAGAGCGCACAGUCCUGCAGCUCUGGGACACGGCCGGUCAGGAGAGAUUCAGAAGUAUUGCCAAGUCCUACUUCAGAAGAGCAGAUGGAGUCUUGCUGUUGUAUGAUGUCACGUGUGAGAAAAGCUUUCUUAACGUACGAGAAUGGGUGGAUAUGAUUGAGGAUGCAGCCACCGAGAGUAUCCCUAUCAUGUUGGUGGGAAACAAGGCUGACCUUCGUGAGUCUGCUGCUGCAGAGGGAGAGAAGUGCGUCCCAGCGUACUUUGGAGAAAAGCUGGCCAUGAACUAUGGGGCAUUAUUCUGUGAAACAAGUGCCAAAGAUGGUUCGAAUAUAGUGGAAGCUGUCCUCCAUCUUGCCCGGGAAGUGAAAAAAAGAACUGAUGAGGAUGACAGCAAGUCCAUUACCAACCUGAGUGGGAGCAGUUCCAAACAGUCAUCCCAUAUGAAGAAUUGUUGCAAGGGUUAAACCCCAAACACCUUGCCUUGUGAAGUCUUCAUUUCCGGAGUACAGAAUGUGUGUGACUUACUUGCUUCUCACAUGGCGUGGUGCAGCCUAUAGACACUGUCAUAUGGAGAGUUACAUGUGGGAGAUCUGGACCUUGCUGUGGGUCCCUCCCAUGAACAAUUUGGGCUCCCUGGUUAAAUAUACUUGUCUUGUCCUUACAGGGUCUUAAACGAUAAUGUGUAAAUGUUUUUUUUGCUCAGAUCAAAGCUGUAGAAGAAACUCAUGGGCAUAAUUAGAUUCAUGCAGGAGCUGACAAAACCUAUGACAGCAUUUCCUUCUAAUAUUUAAUACUAGAGUACUGAUAAAGAGGGUAAGGGUCUGGCUUUGCUGUUAACUAGGCUUGUGGUUGUGGACAUGCCACCAGCCCAUGUUAGUUCUGUGUCCUCAUCUGUAGAACAAGGCAGCGUGGCCUUGGCCCUCUCACAUUCUGUAGCACUUUUUUUUUUUUUUUUAGAAGUGAGAAGGAGAGUGUGAUAGCCCAUGGUUAAUAAAGACUCUGGUUGUUUGUACUUUUAAAAUAUUGGAGUAUUGAUUUUUCUCACUUCUGAAAUAAGAGCAGAAUUUAAUUGAGGGAAAAAAGGCAAUUUUCAGUCUUUGGUGGAGACAGAAAAAUCUAUUUUUCUAUGUGUAAAACAAAACAUUUUUGUGACAAAAAUAGUUCUAUAUAAAAGAGAGUAUUUUAUAACUCAGAAUACUUACAAAGUCCUUGUUUUAAAUUUGAUGUUAAAAAUUCCAAUACACACAUAGAAAGCCACCUAGGACUGAGAUUACAAUGCCCAGGAAGGCUGUCGCUGUUCACUCACACAGCUCACCAGUGCGUGGCUGCCAGGGCUGGGGACAGCCAGGAACCAAGAGUGAGAAACUGCUAAUGGGUGUGUGACAUCUUUCUGGGAUGAUGAGAAUGUUUUGGAAUUAAUGGUUGCAUAACUUUUGGAAUAUACUAAAAGUCACUGAAUUGUAUCCUUUCAAAGGGUGAAUGUAAUGGUACAUGAAUUAUAUCUCAUUAAAAAAUGCAUUAGUCCUUAGAACCAUUUAACAUUU